UAAAACCCUACAUUAACACAUCAUGCGAUUACCCACAUCAUCAUGCAAUUACCCACAUUCUCACAAUGGCUCUCCACCUAUUAACACUAUUCUUCAAAGUCGGCUACAUUUUACCCAUAACACCCCCUUUAUCCUCCAGACCGUCCAUCCUCCGAAAAAUCUACUGUAUCCUAAUUUUCGUAAUACUAACAACAGGCGCCUUCUUCACCAUCCAAAGCAGAAAUUUCUACAGAAAUACGUUCUUCAUGAAGCAAUUCUUCCUCUACGCGAACGACCUAAUCGUUCUAGCCCUCAUCUUCCACGUCAUCGUGGUGUACAACUUCUGGCAAAACCAGCAAUGGAAAAAAUUUUUGGCAAGAUUGGAAGUCAGCAAAAAAAUGACAGACUUUGGACAGAGUCGAAGAUAUUUGAGCAAAAUUCCGUGUUGGACGUGUUUUGUUGCAGGCCACGUGGUUUUUACUCUAAUCGCCAGCUAUGGAAUAGUGAUUUGGUUCCAAAUAGAGGGUCUACUGGUGCUGAAGAGGAUCACCGUUAGCACUGCGGAAUAUAUAAACUUUUUUUACCUUCUGCUUUUGUGUCACCUUGUUUAUAUGUUACUUAAGCAGUAUAGGGGCGUGAACAAAACACUGGUGGCUUACGCCACACAGAGGCAGGGGUUUCCGGACGACGUCGCGCGCGUCACGGGCUACGUGAUUUGCUACUUGAAAGAAACUACAGAUAUGUUUAACACCCUGUUUGGCUGGCCGGUGUUUUUGAUUAUUUUCCACACAGUUUUGCUACUGCUGAUUUAUGUGUUCGUUAUGGUGACUCAAGACGAGAGUUACGAGGCGCUGUCGCUCCAUAUAUGUAUCACCGCUUUUACAAUGUUUAUGACCAGCUUGUACCUCGUUAUGUGCGACAAAGUGAGUCAAGAGUCCCAAAAAACCGUCUCCUUGACCUACAAGUUGCGCUGGUCGUGGCAGCAGGUCAGUCACAGUCAGAAACAAGAACUGUACGAAUUCACCAACCUCGUGGUCCUAAAUUCUCCGGUCUUCACUGCUGCUGGGUUUUUCAGGACCGGAAAGUUUACGAUUAUUGAGAUUCUGGCGACCGUCAGCAGCACGCUGGUCAUUUUGUUACAGUUCAACAACAAAUAAUGCGUGAGUGGAAUAUGCAAUUAAAAGUUUGCGGUUGAAAUAUUUAUGUGUUUUUUGUUGUGAAUUGAAAUGCUGUCUGGUGCCGGAUCUGAAGAGUCAAGGAUUCUCGGUGGACGGAGAAAAUCCCCUGGUUAUGGAAAUUAUUGGUAAAAAUCAUAAAACAAACUUGUAAAUUAGGUAACGCGGAAAGUUUGCGUAAAUGAUCAAUGUUUAUUGUUGGUUGGAAUAAUUAUGGCUACCUGGAAAUGUGGAAGCGUGUGUUGAAUGAACAAAUAAAUGGAUGAAUUAAUUCAGUAAAUUUGUGGUUUGAUUAUUAGGUUUAGCGUUUUGUUUCA